AGUCAUUUCUCAUUAAUCACGAAAAUCGGUCGCUCGCCUGCUGUUCCCUCAUUUUUUAUUGUAAAAAUGCGCUGAAAAUAACGUGUUUUAUUGUUAAUAGUGCUUUAAAUUAUACUCUAGCUAUGUGGUUAUACCCUGGCUAUAAAAUACAAAUGCAAUGAGUAGUGGUAAUGUGCGAAAAAAGUACGCGAAAAAAUGAAAAGUAGUCAAAUAUACGUCGCAAAUGGAGGGGGCAAGAGGAUGAUGGCCAAACAUAGCUACAGCGAAAAACGCAAAUAAGUGACACGCAGAACAACCAGAAAAUGCAAUUAUAUUAAAAAUAAUCGAGCUAUAUAAUAUACACCAAAAGCAAAACUCAUUAAUAAUACGAAAAGAAAUAGCCAAACGACUGCACCUGUAUUGACGGUAUAUGUGUAUGUAAGUGUGUGUGCAUGUGUGGGUGCAGCACACACAGUAGCUGGACAGUGUUUUGUUGUUGUUUGGGGUUGAAAGCUGCAUAACGCGUGACGUGUGACAGUGUGUACCCAACCCCACACACACACAUACACACAGCCACCCACACUCGAAUGCGUAAUUAAGGAAGAGGCACAACAGACACAGAGCAAAGACAACAACAACAACAAACAUGAUGGACAACGAUGACACAAUGCUCAACAAUUGUGGACCACAGUCGGGCGCUGAAACGGUCUACGGCACCGAGGACAACAAUAUGGUCAUGUCCGAGAAGAAUGAACAGGUUGUCAGCAUCGUGCAGCAGCUGGCUGGCAGCAUUUAUCAGGAAUUCGAGCGAAUGAUCAAUCGCUACGACGAGGAUGUGGUUAAGAACCUAAUGCCGCUGCUUGUAAACGUGCUGGAGUGCCUGGAUGCCUCCUAUCGCAUCAAUCAAGAACAGGAUGUGGAGUUGGAGUUGCUGCGCGAGGACAAUGAACAGCUGGUUACCCAGUAUGAGCGCGAGAAGAGCGCACGCAAGCAGUCCGAGCAAAAGCUGCUGGAGGCGGAGGACUUGGCUGAACAGGAGAACAAAGAGCUGGCAAGCCGUCUGGAGUCCCUAGAGAGCAUAGUGCGCAUGCUGGAGCUGAAGCACAAGAACAGCGUGGAGCACGCCAGUCGCCUGGAGGAGCGCGAGGCGGACCUCAAAAAGGAAUACGCCAGGCUGCACGAACGCUACACAGAACUGUUCAAGAACCAUGUGGACUACAUGGAACGCACCAAAAUGCUGAUGGGCUCGACGCACUCACAAAUGAGCAAUGCCUCCGAUCGCAUGGAGGUUAGUCGGGCGCGACUCAAUCCAGUGGCACGCAGCUCCGGACCCGUCUCCUAUGGCUUUGCCUCGUUGGAGAAUUCUGUUAUGCUGGACACCGAGACGAUUUGCAGCGUAGGCAGCCAGUCGGAUGAUUCGGGACCGCCUUCCCUGCAGAACGAACUAGAUAACUUGGCUGGCACCGUAGAACGUGGCGCCGCAACAGAUGCGCUGCAGCAACAACAUCAGGCCACCUCGCCGCAGAGUCCCGAUAUCAGUCCCGUUGUGCCAAAUGUGCCCGCAAAUGUUGGUCGUUCGACCACCAAAAAGGAACAGCGCUCGGACAAUAAUCUAUACCAAGAAUUGUCCUUCCAGGAUAACGAAGAGAGCGAAGAGAAUGAGAUUGUAACAGGCAGCUGGGUACAUCCCGGAGAGUACGCAUCCUCAGCUAACGACAACUAUUUUGGCAUGGGCAAAGAGGUGGAAAAUCUUAUAAUGGAGAAUAAUGAGCUGCUAGCGACCAAAAAUGCACUUAACAUUGUCAAGGACGAUUUAAUUGUCAAAGUGGAUGAGCUGACGGGUGAGGUAGAAAUUGUGCGCGAAGAGCUGAAUGCCAUGCAACAGUCGCGUACCAAGCUCAGGCAGCGCAUCGGCGAACUGGAGGAUGAGCUCAAGAAGACCAAGGAGCAGGUGAAACAGCAAAGCACCGAGCAGGAGGAGAAUGAUGUGCCGCUGGCGCAACGCAAACGCUUUACCCGCGUGGAAAUGGCCAUGGUGCUAAUGGAGCGCAAUCAGUACAAGGAGCGGCUAAUGGAACUGCAGGAGGCGGUGCGCCUAACUGAAAUACUGCGCGCCUCGCGCACUGUCGACAACUUGGACAAGAAGUCGAAGCAAGGCAUUUGGCAAUACUUUAGUAAUCUUUUUACCCACUCCAAUCGUUCGUCGGAGCGCGGCGCUGACGGACUUGGAGGGGGGCCGAUGUUUCGUCACACAGGCGGAGGAAGCCCUGCCCACAGUCACGGAUCACCUAGCCGUGGAGGAAGCGACAAUCGCCUUGCCAUAGCCGGUUCCCAGCCACCGCCGCAUCCGGCCAGCGCCGGGCUUGCGAAUGCACUAAUCAUGGCCAAGGAUUAUUCGGAAGAGGGCAGCUCAGAGCGCAUCAACGCCAGGCGGCGUGAACAAUAUCGCCAGCUGCGGGCCCAUGUGCAAAAGGAGGAUGGACGACUGCAUGCCUACGGUUGGAGCUUGCCCAUAAACAAGACGAAUCAGGAUGCCAAUCCGAGUCGCCACUCAGGUGGCGUGCCCGUGCCCGUCUAUUGUAAUCCCCUGGCGGAGGCAUCGCCGCACAUGAAAGUAUUUUGUGCGGCAGGUGUCAAUCUGCAGGGCGGCUUCACAAAGGAUGGACAAUCGGUGAUACCUCCCGAUUCACCCUAUGCGCCGCGCUCAACGCUCAAAAUUGCAGAGAUAACUAGCCCGACGGCGGAACAUAGCGCCGAGGCGCUGGAUCGUCAAAUGGCACGUGCCAGCCUAGGGACUCUUGAGCCCGAGACACAGCUCAGUUCGUUUGUUUGGAUCUGCACCAGCACACAUGCCGCUAGUACGGUGAGUGUGGUGGAUGCAAAUCAGUCGGCCACGGUGCUGGAUGCUUUUCCGAUAUGCGCAUCGCAUCUGCUGUGCAUUGCCUCCGUGCAGGGCGCCAUGGAGAGUGACUAUGCCCUGUUGGAGCAAUCGGAGGUGGUCAAGGCGGGCGAGAUGCUGCAACGCCCAGGCGAGGGUACUGAGCUGCUCGGCAAGGUGGAGUUUGUGCGCGUUAAACCCAAGUCGGAUCAGAACAGCAAUAGCAAGCAAAACUCCCAGGAGGAGGAGGUGCCGGCGCCAAUAACAGUAAUAGGCGUGGCAGUGGCCAAAGAGGCUACUGAGAAAUCCAAUGAGCAACUGCCCGCCGUGGAUGCAACCGAACCGCUGGCCAAUGUAGAAGCCAUUAAGAUACGUCAGGCGCUGCCGGGUGCACCGCAGCGACUGCCCAGCAGCUCGGACAACAACAGCAACAAUCACGUCAACAACAACAAUAGCAAAAAUGUUUCGUUUAGCAUCAAAUCGCUGAAUCCCAUACUGGGCACCAAGGAGCGCGAAGAGCCGGUCAUGAGCUCAGUGGGACCCACAAUGUGGCUAGGUGCCCAGGACGGUUGGCUGUAUGUGCACAGCAGUGUGGGGCGCUGGCAUGAGUGUCUGCACAAGGUGCUCCUGCCGGAUGCGGUGUUGGCGAUUGUCCAUGUGGAGGCGCGUGUUGUUGUUGCGCUGGCCAAUGCUCAGUUAGCCGUGUUUCGCCGCCAAACAGACGGCCAAUGGGAUCUGAAUAGUUAUCACCUGGUUACGGUCGGUGAUCGCAAUCAUUCGAUACGUUGCCUCUGUGUGGCCGGCGAGCGCAUUUGGGCCGCGCAUCGCAACAAGAUCUUUAUUGUUGAUCCAAUAUCGCUAAACAUUGUACACUCGCUGGACGCGCAUCCGCGCAAGGAGAGCCAAGUGCGCCAAAUGGCAGCGACAGGUGCCGGCGUUUGGGUAUCCAUACGCUUGGAUUCCACGCUGCGUCUGUACAAUACGCAUACAUUUGAGCACAAGCAGGAUGUGGACAUUGAGCCGUAUGUAUCCAAGAUGCUGGGCACCGGCAAGCUGGGCUUUAGUUUUGUACGCAUCACAGCGCUGAUGGUCUCCUGCAAUCGCCUCUGGAUUGGCACCAGCAAUGGUGUUAUCAUUUCCGUGCCGCUGGCCGAGAUGCAGCAAAAGUCAUCUGAUCCACAUGGCCACAUGCCAUUGUGCUGCAUGGCCAAUGCUCAACUGUCCUUCCAUGGCCAUCGCGAUGCGGUCAAGUUCUUUGUAUCAGUGCCCAUGCUUCAGCAACCGAAUGGCACGCUCACCUUCAGCAACAAGCGACCCGACAUGUUGGUCAUGUGCGGCGGCGAGGGUUAUAUUGAUUUUCGCAUAAGACAUGAAAAAUACGAUGCUAGUGAUAAUGCAGCGCAUUUGAUAGUUUGGAAAGUCGAUACAUGACAAUGAUAUGGAGAACAGUAUUCAACUGGAACCAAAUCAAACAAUUGAAAAUCGAGGCGAUAAGAGUUAUUUGAUUGUGUGGCAUGUUAGUCAACGUUAAAACUAUUUUAAUUUUUAAGUAAUCUAUAUAUAUAUAUUUAUAAAAAAAAAACAAAGUUAUGCAUAUAUGGUAUAUACGCAUAUACAUAUAUGGAAAUCCGACCUAAGCAGUUACAAGUUUUGCAGGCUAGAAAAACAACUACCUUAAUUUAGUUUUUAAACCCCCAACUUAUUUACAGUACAAUGCGCCCUAGCAUUGCCAAAAA